AUGGAGACGGAUGCGACUGGCCGGGCACUGCCUGCGACACCCAGAGUUUCCCGCCAGCAAAGUCCUCAUCCGGCAACCAACCCAUGGGAGGAUGAAUCAAGACUUGAAGGAAACCAGCUUACUUUUCUCCCAAAUAACAUGUUUGAAAAUUCGACAAAAGUCGGAAUGUUGGAUUUGUCGUCCAAUCAACUGACUUAUAUUCCAACUGGACUUUUCCGGUCGCAGACUGUGCUCCGAUAUCUCUACUUACAGCGGAACCAAAUCAGUGUCCUGCAUGAUAAGGUGUUUGCGGGACUUCGCUCGCUGAAAGAACUGAUGAUAUUUGACAACCCAAUCACCGAGUUAGUGGACUGGCUCUUUUAUGAGACCAAACUGACACACCUGUACAUAUUCCAGACUCAACUUUUGUCGAUAGGGGAGCGGCCAUUUGCGACAAUGAACCACACUCUGCAACAUGUAUCAAUGUACGACAGUCACUUGAAGAACGUUUCCAAUUCUGUCUGGCAGGAUCUGGGUAACUCCUGUUACGUAGCAAUCGAGAACAUUUUGGAGUUUGCACCAGUCACAAACAGAAAUGACCUCAAAAUCGAAUUGGUUGGUGAUGGAUUCGCCCAGCCAAUACUGGUGGCGAGAGACAUGUCCUUGAUAUUAAGCAAGUCGGGAUUUAGGUGUGGCGAAACUGCUAAUCAGUAUAGGUGCACGCCCUGUCCACAGGGCACGUACGGAGCCUUUUGGAGUGAAAACAAUUGUUUUGACUGCCCGCCAGGCGGCUUUUACCAAACCAAGGCGGGGCAAGUGAUUGACUCACCUCAAGCUAUCAACUGUCAACGAUGCAACAAUGGCACCUAUGUCACGCCCCAGGCGCACCCUGGUAUCAGUCCUACGAAUUGCACGGUGUGUCCUACGGGUACCAAUAAGAGCCUUCACGCUGGCUUCCGCGCCUGUCCAUGUCUGGAUGGUUUCUACCGUACUGACCGGUUCGGUGAAUGCCAUCCGUGUCCAACCGAAGGAGUCAACUGCUCAGAAGAGUACCAACACCUCCUGCCUGGCUUCUGGUGGACCUGGGAAUGGGGUUUAUCGGAUGACAACUACAUUUCCUACGAGCGAUUUGUCAAAAAUGUGUGCACUGAAGAUUCCAGAUAUGACAACACAAGCAAUUUCCGAUUUGGGGGUGUGUUACCCAAAGUGCAUAAAUGUCCUCGCAAUGAGUCGUGCGUGAAUGCUGUUCUGGGUGGUAUCAAUGCAACAUGCAAGGAAGGCUAUACGGGGUGGCUUUGCUCCCAAUGCAGUCCGUACUAUUACUCGUGGUUGGAUCAAUGCUUCGAGUGUCCCAAAUGGUGGUGGUUCUUGUUUGAAGUCAUUGCUGUAUGCGUGGCUAUUGCUCUGAUUGUCAUCAUCAUAGCUUGGCAGGCGCGCAAGGUCCGAAGAAACGGUCGGUCUGCCGUCAGCCUGCUGCUUGCUCGAGGGAAGAUCCUACUGGGUUUUUACCAGGUCAUGGGGGAGAUAAUCUCAGCGCUGGAUGAAAUUGCAUGGCCGAAGACAUUAACAAGUGUUGGUUCUUUCUUUAGACUGUUGGAAGUGGACAUCGUGCGGAUGUUUAUCAGUCCCAGAUGUUAUGUCCCCAACUUCACGUAUCCUAAUAUUUACAUUGAGUUCUUGGCAGGUAUCAUUUUUGUGGCGUUUGUUCUUCUUGGUGGCUGGUGUUUUUACAGCUCCAAGAUGUGUUACCUGAAAGCAAAGACAAUUCCGCGUGCGGAACAAAACGCUCUUAUGUUGCAGACCAAGCAGAGGUGUUACUUGUUUGUGGUGAUACUGCUCUUUAUUUCCUACCCCAGCCUGUCUAGUGUUAUUCUCACAUUAUUGCCCUCUGGGUGUCACGUCUUCUACGUGGAUGAAAACAACACCCUCAAUGUGACCAGACUUCGAGCCGAUUACUCGAUCGAUUGCAAAGAGCAGCGGCAUGUUCAGUUCAACUACUUAGCUGAGGCCUCCCUCUUCUACGUUGUUGGGUUUCCCUUAGUGUUGUUUCUCCUCUUGUGGUGGAACAUCAGAAAACGGAAAAAGACCAGGGCUGUCAGUGGUAGACAGGAAAGUGAGGAUCAGCCUUUGCUCGAUGCGGGUAGUCGAUGUCGUUUGGAUGCCGGUCGUGUCGCCAGUUACAUAAACAACGUGCCUGAUGAGACAGAUGACGAACUUUUCCUACACUCGGAACCAUGCCAUGCUGAAUUCAAUUGGGAGAGUUUCUUGUGCGAGAAUUACAAGCCAAAUUUCUGGUACUGGGAAAUUCUGGAGCUGGCCCGCAAGAUCGUCCAGACGCUUUUUGUGCUUCUGUACGGGCCUGACGAUCAUUUUACCAUGUUCGCCACCAUAGUCAUUUCGGUGGGCUUUCUGCUCCUGCACGCUUACGUCAAACCCAUGAAGGAUGCUGCCGAGCAUCGUCUGCAGAUGUGCUCGCUUGGUACCAUCUUCCUGAACCUGUUGGCUGCGACGCUGCUUCUUAUGCCAAGCGAGGAUGCUCAAUCCAGCGAGAAAAGGAAGGAUUUCCUUUCUGUUUUUCUUGUGCUGAUGAACCUCAGUAUCAUCGUUUUUGUCAUCGCUAGCUUGGUCUGGACCAGUGUGAAGGCCUUAUGGCGUCAUGGAUGCUUGCGUCGCUUAGGAUCGUGCAUCGCUGGGGAGUGGAGCUGGUGUUGUAGAUCUCGUCAUCGUGGGCAAGAGGUGAAUAACCAUCUUUACGAUGACGGCAACGAACAGGACUCAACCACCAUGACAGUUAACUUUGAAUAAUAGACCUCAGAACAGUUGGAUAGUAAUGCCUCAGAACAGUGUUACUCAUCAGUGAUGACGGGCAGACGGGGUACA